AUGCGCUUCCAAGGCAUUAAGUCGACCGUCGCGCGUCCAAAGGCGCUCACUGUUUCGCUUGAAAAUCCUGUGCAUCUCAUUGAUGAACAAAUCAAUUCGUUUGGGCCUCAUCUAUCGAAGUUUUACAUUCGCCUCCUACUAUUAAUUGGUGUGAGCUGGGCGAUUCAAGCUGCUGAGCUCGUCUUGCUUAUCUUCACGCGAGUGCUUGUUACACAAGAGAUUAAAAUGGGCACACAAGUUCAUGAAAUUUGCGGAGUCGGUAUUUUAAUCGGAUCAACAGCCGGAGGUCCAAUCUUCGGCCACGUCGCGGAUAAAUUUGGACGUCGAGCUGCUCUCAUUAUCGCGAUGAUCUUCUCUUUGGCUGGACUUGCAAUAUCAUCUUGCGUGAAUGUUGAGUACAUGUUGAUACUUGGUCUUGUGAUUAUCGGUUUUGGAUAUGGCGGUCAACUCGCUUCAACUUUUAUUUUGAUCCACGAGUUGACUCCCCGCUCUAUGAGUUGUCGCAUAGUAGCACUACUUAAUGCGUUUACAGGGUUUGGUGGGUUACUUGGUGUGGUUUUAACAUAUGCAGUGGCGCCACAGCUUGGAUGGCGCACAACAUACUUAUUGACGUCUGGACUUGUGCUUUACGCAUUUGUGUUGUACUUCAUGGUGCUAGAAUCACCUCGUUGGUUGGCAAGUGUAGGUCGUACGAAAGAGGCUUUCAACAUUGUAAAAGACAUUGAGCAAUCUGGCAGUCGAAUGUUGAUCGGAAAUGAUGCACAGAAGGCAGCGCUUCAUUCAAUAUCUGUUCAAAACCUAUCAGCGACGAUGAUGAAGUCUUCACAGCCUCAGCAACCGACGCCAACUCUGGUUCUGUGGAUCUUGUGGAUAACCAUGACCGUUUCGUCCUACACACUGGGCGUCUACUUUCCAACACUUAUCAGCUUGAACGGCUAUAACAUAUUCACAAGCUGGACUACAACUAGCGCACUGAAGAUUGCCCAAGUGGUUGGCUCAGUCACAGCAGCAACAGUAUUGGACGCAUAUGGAUCUCACCGCUGCUUUGUAGUCUUUGCAAGCUUAGCAGCCACUUUGUCAAUUGUGCUGAGUUAUAUGGCUUGGUGGCCUGCUGUCGUCAUCUUCUUUUUAUUUAUUGUGACGGCCUUACUCUCUGCUGGCUGGAGCUGUGUUCUUGCGUACACACCGAUACAUUACGAGCUUACCCACCGCGGGAGCAAAAUGGGGUACGCUAUUGGAGUCAGCCAUUUGGCCGCUGUGGGAGGACGUUAUUUGUACCCUUACAUGUUUAAUAUCUGGACCUUAUCGGUGUCUAUGCUAUGCUGGAUUUCUGGUGGACUCUUGGUAAUAGUUGCAAUAACAAUUGGUGUCGCACCAAAGUUUGGAUACAGGCCGUUGGCCCAAGAAGACGACGAUUCCUUAUGUACUUUGAGUCUUAAUUCAGAUUUGGAGAACAUGUCAACCCCAAAUAUCGAGAUUCUAGAUGAGAAAUCAGUAAUGACAAUGUAA